CUCUCUUGAAAUUCUAAACCGUCGGUAAUAAAGGUGGAGUACCAAUGUCCUCCUCGACGCAGUUUUUCUCUCCUCUCUCCCUCCCCCUCCCCCUCCCCCUACCUUCACACACUCUCUUCUCUUCCCUCCAAACCCACCAACCCACUUACCACACACACACUCCUCAACCCACCACCACCAUUAUCACUUCCACACCACUCACCCCCACCAAAAACCCACCAAAACCCAGACCCGAAUCCCGCUCCACCGCCUCAUGGGUCGAACUCCUCCGAUCCCACACCCGUUCCAACCGCUUUCGCGAAGCCAUCUCCACCUACGUCGACAUGACGCAGGCUGGCGCAGAACCCGACAACUUCGCCUUACCAGCCGUUCUGAAAGCCACAACCUGCAUUCACAACUUCAAUUGCGGGAAACAGAUACAUGCUGCCGCCGUCAAGCUCGGUUACAGCUCGUCCUCCGUGACUGUGGCCAACACCCUCGUGAAUUUCUACGGGAAUUGUGGAGACAUUGGGGAUGUAUUCAAGGUGUUCGAGAGAAUUCCUCUGAAAGACCAGGUUUCUUGGAACUCGAUGAUAGCGGCACUGUGUCGUUUCGAGGACUGGGAGCUUGCUUUGGAGGGGUUUCGGUUGAUGCAAUCAGAGAGAGUGGAGCCGAGCUCGUUUACAUUGGUGAGCGUGGCGCAGGCGUGCUCAAAUUUAAGUAAGCACAGCGGGUUGCGACUUGGCAAGCAAGUUCAUGGGUAUAGUUUGAGGGUGGAUGAUCGGAAGACAUUUACGAACAAUGCUUUGAUGGCUAUGUAUGCCAAACUAGGUAGAUUGGAUGAUUCGAAAGCUAUAUUUGAGUUGUUUGCUGAUCGAGACAUGGUUUCUUGGAACACAAUGAUAAGCUCGUUUUCACAGAGUGACCGGUUUUAUGAGGCGUUGGCCUUCUUCCGCGAUAUGGUUCGUGAAGGAAGUAGGCCAGACGGAGUAACAAUUUCAAGUGUUCUUCCUGCGUGUUCCCAUUUGGAGUUGUUAGAUAUGGGGAAGGAAAUUCAUGCGUAUGCCUUGAGAAACGAUGAGUUGAUUGGGAAUUCUUUUGUGGGUAGUUCUUUAGUUGACAUGUACUGUAAUUGCAAAGUGGUUGAGAGUGGCCGUAGGGUUUUUGAUACCAUCUCAGAGAGGAGACUUGGGCUCUGGAAUGCUAUGAUUGCUGGUUAUGCACAAAACAGUUUCAACGAGAAUGCAAUACUGCUCUUUAUGGUGAUGGUGGAAGUCUCAGGGUUUUUUCCUAAUACCACCACCAUGUCAAGUGUCUUGCCAGCAUGUGUGGACCAUGAAGCUUUCUCUGACAAAGAAGGUAUACAUGGGUAUGUGGUGAAGUUGGGGUUUUGGACAGAUAGGUAUGUACAAAAUGCAGUUAUGGACAUGUAUUCUAGGCUUGGUAAAAUUGAAGUAUCUAGACAUAUAUUUGACAGCAUGGAGAUCAGAGAUAUUGUCUCUUGGAAUACGAUGAUCACGGCUUACGUAUUAUGCGGAUGUCAUGAGAAUGCCCUCAUGCUGAUAAAAGAAAUGCAAAAAGUUGAAGAAAAAGAGGAAGAGAAAAAUGAAGACUAUGCAGAUGAAAGAACCACUGGGCCGUCUAAGCCAAAUGCAAUAACACUCAUGACAGUCCUUCCUGGUUGUGCUGCCCUCGCAGCACUAGCAAAGGGAAAAGAAAUCCAUGCUUAUGCUAUUAGAAAUGCAUUGGCAUCAGAUGUCGCAGUAGGAAGCGCAUUAGUUGAUAUGUACGCAAAAUCGGGUUGCUUGAACUUAUCUAGGGCAGUAUUUGAUGGCAUGCCCAUUAGAAACGUCAUCACAUGGAAUGUUAUCAUUAUGGCUUAUGGGAUGCAUGGGAAGGGAGAGGAAACCCUGGAAAUUUUUAGGACUAUGGUGGCAGAAGAACGACAAAGGGGUGAGAAAGCCAAGCCUAACGAAGUUACGUUUAUUGCAAUUUUCGCUGCUUGUAGUCAUUCUGGAAUGGUAAAUGAAGGCCUAAACUUGUUCUAUAGAAUGAAAAAUGACCAUGGAAUCGAACCCACAGUGGAUCACUAUGCCUGUGUGGUUGAUUUGCUUGGUCGAGCUGGUAAAAUGAAGGAAGCAUAUGAACUUGUCAAUGCCAUGCCUCCAGAAUGCGACAAGACCGGUGCCUGGAGUAGCUUGCUAGGUGCUUGCCGGAUCCACAAAGACGUUGAAAUUGGGGAAAUAGCGGCCAAGAAUCUCCUUCAGUUGGAGCCAAAUGUAGCUAGUCACUAUGUUCUAUUAUCCAAUAUAUACUCGUCUGCUAGGCUCUGGGAUAAAGCAUCAGAGGUACGGAAAACCAUGAAGGAAAUGGGGGUCAGAAAAGAACCUGGAUGCAGUUGGAUAGAGUUUGGCGAGGAAGUUCACAAGUUCAUUGCUGGGGAUGUUUCACACCCUCAAAGUAAGGAGCUCCACGGCUUCCUUGAGAUAUUAUCGGAGAGAAUGAAAAAAGAGGGUUAUGUUCCUGAUACUUCUUGUGUUCUUCAGAAUGUUGAUGAAGAGGAGAAGGAGAUUCUAUUGUGUGGACAUAGCGAGAAACUAGCCAUAGCAUUUGGCAUCCUCAAUACCCCUCUGGGCACUACCAUUAGAGUUGCCAAGAACCUUAGAGUUUGUAACGACUGUCAUGUGGCUACUAAGUAUAUCUCUAAGAUUGUUGGGAGGGAGAUUAUUGUAAGGGAUGUGAGAAGGUUCCAUCAUUUCAGGGAUGGAAGUUGUUCUUGUGGGGAUUAUUGGUGAAAAGCAUCCAAGCCUAAUCAUGCUGUACAUGAGAAGUUUUGUUCAGAUUCCAACAUCAACCAACUGUAAUAUCCUAUGGAUCUUGAUACAUUCAGAGUAGGUAUUAGUGAGUCAUACAGGUACAGGAAUCAGCAAAUAGGAUCUAACAUUUUUGGUAUCACUGAUACCAAAAAUGUUUGUUACUUCUGAGGUCGAUUCUGUUGGUGCUUCAGUUUUGGCAUCUGGUGUUAAAGAUCUUAUUAUGGUCUCCGACCCUGAUUGAAUCUCCUACGAGGAAUAUCUCUGUUUUGUUUGUCCUCUUUGUAACUUGCUGUAUUUCAUUGGAGGGGAAUUCCAAAAAUCUUGUACCGA